GACACUCCAAUAAAAGUUGCAAAUAAAAUAUGAAUAUAAAUUAAUACGUUUCGCAAAAUAUAAAGAGUUCCAAUCAACUAUUCAAAACAUUAAAAGGUCGCGGACACGCAAAAGCAAGUGAUAUGUCAACAACAACUAUUCAACACGUGAAAACAACAUUUCGUUCACAUUUUUUUUGUUGGCGCAUUUUGGGUUUUUUACCAACGAAAAAAUAUCGUCUACUCUAUCAAACCUAUGCUAUAUUUUUGAACAUUAUGGUGACGAUCGUCUAUCCAGUACAUUUGAUAAUUGGUCUCAUCUUAAGUACAACUUUAUAUGAUGCAAUUAAAAAUUUGGCUGUGGCGGCAACAGUGGUUUUAUGCAGCAUUAAAACCAUUAUAGUCUGGUUGAAACUUGAGAAUAUUGAAAAUAUGUUUGAUAUUAUUACGCGACAAAAUAAACGUAUUUCUUUGUAUAAAGAUGAGGCUAACUACUUUACAAAUGUGAUUUUAAGAGAUUUAAAUCGUAUAUGGAAAAUGUUUAUGCUCUUGUACUCAACUGCUGGAUUGUUUGGAGAACUAUCGGUGCUGGGAAAUGGUUUAUGGGGAGACUGGCGUUUAAUGUAUCCCGCCUACUUUGUUUUUGAUCCCUAUGAAAACUCUACGUUCUACAUUGUGGCUCAUGUUUAUCAAUUUAUUGGUGUGUCAUAUAUAGUAAUACAGGAUAUAGUCAAUGAUUCCUUUACCACCAUGCAUUUGGCUUUAUUGAGUGGUCAGUUGCGUACCUUUAAUAAAAGAUUAGCCAAGUUGGGUGGCGACCCAAAAAAGACAAAAAUACAAAAUAAUCGGGAUUUAUUGGACUGCAUACAGGAUCAUAAAGAUUUAAUGGAGUAAGUUAUUUAUUUAACUCAAUAAACAAAAAGUUGAGUUUUCUUUAUCUCGCUCUCUCUCUCUUGCUAUAGAUAUCGUCAAAAAUUGGAGGAGAUUGUCUCGUUCUAUAUGUUUGUUCAGAUACUCUUUACAAGCAUUAACAUCUGUACUAUUUUGGUAUUUUUGAUACUCUUUGC